GCUGGGACGGCCGCCCGGGGUGUCUCCCACUUGCCGCUCCGGCGCUGGCGCGGCGACUCGACCCGGAGCGCGCAGGACCGGCUGCAUCCCGUCUGCCGAUCCAACCUCCCACCCCCUCCACGUCGGUUUGCAGCCAAGAGAGGGAAGAGGAGCAGGAGGCCUGCACACCCCACUGGGUUCAGGAAGAGCCCCGCUGCGUGGCUUCUGUACCGCUGCUGGCUUCUGACAUUUCAAGACUCGCCACUCAUCUCCCCCCAGAUAAAAAGAGCGCUGUAGGAUCUCCCAAUGGGGUGGCUUCACUCUGGGCUCACGUUUUCCGUGGGCUGUCUGAUCCUGAUGUGGGCGGCAGGCUCUGGCGCCAGCUGCUCAGAGGUCUCCUGUGUCUCCCCAGGGAGUGUGAGGGUCCUGCAGGGGCCCACCUGCUUCUCCGACUACGUCAACAUCUCCACCUGUGAGUGGGAGAUGGCCCGGCCCACCAACUGCAGAGCCGAGCUCCGCCUGUUCUACCAGCUGGAAUUUUUCUCCUUUGAAAACCACACGUGUGUCCCCGAGAACAGAGCUGGCGCGGUGUGCGUGUGCCAUAUGCAUAUGGAUAACGUGGUCAGUGCGGACACCUACCAGCUGGACCUGUGGGCUGGGGAGCAGCUGCUGUGGAAGAGCUCCUUCAAGCCCAGUGAGCAUGUGAAACCCCUGGCGCCCAGAAACCUCACUGUUCACGCCAACACCUCCCGCACGUGGCUGCUGACGUGGAACAACCCGUACCCUCCUGAGAAUCACCUAUACUCCGAGCUCACCUACCUGGUCAACAUCUCAAAUGAGAACGACCCCACGGAUUUCAGAAUCUAUAACGUGACCUACAUGGGGCCCACCCUCCGCUUCGCAGCCAGCACCCUCAAGUCUGGAGCUUCCUACAGCGCACAGGUGAAGGCCUGGGCUCAGAGCUACAACAGCACCUGGAGUGAGUGGAGCCCCAGCGCCAAGUGGCUUAACUACUACGAGGCGACCUUGGAGCAGCGCCUCCCACUGGGCGUCAGCAUCUCCUGCGUCGUCAUCCUGGCUGUCUGCCUGUCCUGCUAUGUCAGCAUCAUCAAGAUUAAGAAAGAAUGGUGGGACCAAAUUCCCAACCCAGCCCACAGUCCCCUCGUGGCCGUUGUCAUCCAGGAUUCUCAGGUGUCACUGUGGGGGAAGCGGUCCCAAGGCCAGGAACCAGCCAAGUGCCCACACUGGAAGACUUGUCUUGCCAAGCUUCUGCCCUGUUUACUGGAGCAUGGCAUGGAAAGGGAUGAAGAUUCCUCCAAGGCUGCUAGAAAUGAGCCUUUCCAGUGUCCUGGAAAAGUAGCAUGGCACCCCAUGGAGGUCAACAAGACAAUCCUCUGGCCAGAGAGCAUCAGCUUGGUUCGGUGCGUGGAGCUGUUUGAGGCCCAAGUGGAGAAUGAAGAAGAGGAAGUGGAGGAAGAUAAAGGGAGCUUCUGCCCAUCACCUGACAGCAGCGGGGGCAGCUUCCAGGAGGGCAGGGAGGGCAUCGCAGCCCGGCUGACAGAGAGCCUGUUCCUGGACCUGCUCAGGGGUGAGGAUGGGGGCUUUAGCCCACAGGGCUUGGAGGAGUCCUGCCUUCUUCCACCUUUAGAAAAUCCAAGUGCUCAGAGGCCCUGGGCCACGUUCCCAAGUGUGGGGCCCCAGGAGGCAUCGUCUGAGGACAAGGAGCCUUUGAACCCAGAGUCAAGUCCUCCGACCCAGAGCCCAGCCAGGCUGGCUUUCCCAGAGAUGCCCGGCGUCAUCGCAGACUACCCCACUUGCCGCAGCUUCAGCACCUUCCUGAGACAGUCCUCAGGCCCUGGAGGGCUUGACUCAGACCCACAGCUGGCCGAACGCCUGGGGGAAGUGGACCCCGGCAUCCCCGCCGCCCCCCAGCAAUCUGCACCGCCCACCACACUCCAGCCUGAGCCAGAAACGUGGGAGCAGAUCCUGCGCCAGAGUGUCCUCCAGUGCAGGGCGGCCCCGGGCCCCGCCUCGGCCCCCAGCAGUGGCUACCGGGAGUUUGUGCAGGCGGUGAAGCAGGGCGGUGCCCAGGACAGCGGGCUGGAGGGCUUUGGCCCUUGUGGAGAGGCUGGCUACAAGGCCUUCUCCAGCUUGCUCGCUGGCAGCGCUAGCUGCCCGGGGACAUCUGGGGUUGAGCCCAGCAGUGGGGAGGGGGGCUACAAGCCCUUCCAGAGCCUCACUCCUGGCUGCCCCGGAGCCCCUGCCCCAGUCCCCGUCCCCCUGUUCACCUUUGGACUGGACGUGGAGCCCCCUCACAGCCCUCAGGACUCACUCCUCCCAGGCAGCACCCCAGAGUGCCCUGGUUUGGAGCCAGUGGUCAAGGGAGAAGACAGCCAGAAGCCCCCGCUGUCCCCGGAGCCGGCCACAGACCCCCUCAGGGAUGACCUGGGCAAUGGCAUUGUCUACUCAGCCCUCACCUGCCACCUGUGUGGCCACCUGAAGCAAUGCCACGGCCAGGAGGAACGUGGCAAGGCCCACGUCGAGGCCAGCCCCUGCUGUGGCUGCUGCCGUGGGGACGGGUCCUCACCCCCGGUGAGCCCCCUGAGGGCCCUGGACGCCCAGCUUGGUGGGGCUCCACUGGAGGCCAGCCUCUCCCCGGCCUCCCUAGCACCCUUGGGUGUCUCAGAGGAGGGUAAGUCCCCCCUGUUCUUCCAAACUGCCCCCAACAAUGCUCAGAGCUCAAGCCAGACCUCCACGGUGGUGGCCAUGCUCUCCCCAGGGCCCACGUGCAUGGACGCUUCCUAGGUGCGUGCCUGCUUCUUGCUGAAGUCUGCAGGUGAGGACUGGGCCUUACCCGUGACUGCGAAAUGCCUCCCUCCAGAAGGCAGCCAGGCUGGCAGUGUUCCGAAAGACUCAGAGAACCCUGGUAUGAAGUUGUGAAGUCGUCCAACACUGGGGUUACGGAGGCCGGACGCCCCCGGCUCCCAACAUUGGCCCGGGCUUGCCACGUCCCAUGGGAGUGGAGGGUGCCAGGCAGCUGUACCCACAGCAGGCACCUGCAGGGAUCAGGAGGUUCCCGGGCACCUUGGCUUGUGAAUGAGCUGUUGGUCAUUUCAUGGGUCCACAGCUGCCCCAGUGGACUAUCCCUGUCACACUCAAGGCGUGUUUUGUCCACCGAGCUGCUCUGUUACCCAUGUCUUGCCCAGACCUGGGGUCAGCUGCCACCAUCUCACUGGAUUGGAUGCUGAGCCUAGAAGCUAACCAAGCCAAUGGGAGAAUGACUUGGGAGGCCUUGGGAAACUGAGGUCCAGAAAGGGUGGUCAUUUGCCCAGAGACGCCUGUUCAUUUAACAGAGGUUGACACUGGCAGCAGAGUCUGAGCUGCGGAGGGGCGCUUAGUCAAGUGGGGUUAACGAGGACACGAAAGAUUGUGAUUACCGAGCAGUGACAGCUUGCUGCCAGCUUCCCACACAGUUGUAAGGGUGGGGGUUCCUGUUAAGCACUGGAUCCCCAGAACAAGCAUGCCUGGUGACCUUGGGGCCGGUGUGUACCCCCAUGCAUGCCGUUGCCGGCAUCGGUGGUUCAGAGGGAGUGGCUCAGGUCUCCUGAUCCAGCAAGCUGGGUGUCCGAGAUGCCCACCACCAGGCACAUCGCCUGCACCUCGGCCCCGACCUCAGGUUGAGUAAUGCUUGUUUGUGUGUAUCUCAAAAAUUGUUUCAUCACCUGGUGUUUGUGUUUGCUGAGGAGGGUAGAAUGGGAGGGGAUGGAGUUUUGUAUAAAUAAAGGUUCUUUACCUCCUUCCCCACCCUCCCCACCCCAUUUAUUAAACAAACAUACUGCCAGGCA